GCCCGUCCUAAGAUGUUGAUGCGGUUUGGAAAUCAAAGAUUAGGAGCGGCCGCAACUGUAAAUCGGAUGACCCGAUGAAGGUAGGCGGAUCCAACUCAACACGUAUCAAUGCACAGGUACUUCUCCAUCUUCACUCCUCCACUUCCCUCACGCCUCCAUCUCCGUCGGCCAAUCCACCUUUCACGGACCCUUCUCUGGAAGCUCCGGGACGAAUCCCAUCCAGCCCCACCCGAAUUAGUCUCCCGCAUCUGCCGUCUCGUGCUUCUCCGCCGUUGCAAUGCCAUCUCCAAAUUUAAUUUCGUCUUCUCUGACGAUAUCGUCGACGCUGUUCUCCGGAACCUCAGACUAAACCCUAGUGCUUCUCUAGGGUUUUUCCAAUUUGUUUCUAAGCAGCAAAAUUUUAGACCCAACGUUAAGUCUUAUUGUAAGCUUGUUCAUAUAUUGUCCAGAGGUCGAAUGUAUGAUGAGACCAGAGCGUACUUGAACCAGCUCGUUGAUCUUUGUAAGUUCAAGGAUCGUGGCAAUGUGAUUUGGGAUGAAUUAGUUGGGGUUUAUCGAGAAUUUGCAUUUUCGCCCACUGUUUUUGAUAUGAUUCUGAAGGUGUAUGUGGAAAAGGGUUUGACAAAGAAUGCAUUGUACGUGUUUGAUAAUAUGGGCAAGUGUGGCCGAAUACCAAGCUUGCGGUCUUGCAAUAGUUUGUUGAACAAUUUGGUUAAAAAUGGGGAGACCCACACGGCACAUUAUGUUUAUCAGCAAAUGAUCAGGGUUGGAAUAGUUCCGGACGUUUUUAUGGUUUCAAUAAUGGUGAAUGCAUUUUGCAAGGACGGGAAAGUGGAUGAAGCAGCGGGAUUUGUGAAAAAAAUGGAGAAUUUGGGUGUUGAACCAAAUAUAGUGACCUACCAUAGUUUGAUUAAUGGCUAUGUUAGUCUGGGGGAUGUGGAAGCCGCAAAAGGAGUGCUGAAAUUCGUGAGUGAAAAGGGGGUUUCAAGAAAUGUGGUUACAUAUACCCUGUUGAUCAAGGGUUAUUGCAAACAAUGUAAAAUGGACGAGGCAGAGAAGGUGCUUAGAGGAAUGCAGGAGGAGGCAGCUUUGGUUCCAGAUGAGCGUGCUUAUGGUGUCUUGAUAGAUGGUUAUUGUCGAACUGGAAAAAUAGAUGAUGCUGUUAGGCUUUUGGAUGAGAUGUUGAGAUUGGGCCUGAAAACAAACUUAUUUAUUUGUAAUUCAUUGAUUAAUGGAUAUUGCAAACGUGGUGAAAUUCAUGAAGCAGAGGGAGUGAUAACCCGUAUGGUGGAUUGGAACUUGAAGCCAGACUCUUAUAGCUACAAUACUCUACUGGAUGGGUACUGCAGAGAAGGCCAUACAUCUGAAGCUUUCAACCUUUGUGACAAGAUGCUUCAGGAAGGGAUUGAACCAACCGUCUUAACUUAUAAUACUCUUCUUAAAGGCUUGUGCCGUGUGGGUGCCUUUGAUGAUGCUUUGCAAAUUUGGCAUUUGAUGAUGAAAAGGGGUGUGGCUCCUGAUGAGGUUGGCUAUAGUACUCUGCUUGAUGGGUUAUUCAAGAUGGAAAAUUUUGAAGGAGCUUCAACAUUGUGGAAAGAUAUUCUAGCAAGAGGAUUUACGAAAAGUAGGAUUACUUUCAAUACAAUGAUCAGCGGAUUAUGUAAGAUGGGGAAAAUGGUUGAAGCGGAGGAAAUUUUUGACAAGAUGAAGGAUCUGGGAUGUUCCCCUGAUGGAAUAACAUACAGAACCCUAAUUGAUGGGUAUUGUAAAGCCAGCAAUGUUGGACAAGCUUUUAAAGUUAAGGGUGCCAUGGAAAGGGAAUCAAUUUCACCUUCCAUUGAGAUGUACAAUUCUCUUAUUAGUGGACUUUUUAAGUCUAGGAGAUUAGUUGAAGUGACAGAUCUUCUCACUGAGAUGGGCAUAAGGGGAUUGACCCCAAAUAUUGUUACUUAUGGAGCCCUUAUUGAUGGUUGGUGCAAAGAAGGGAUGCUGGAUAAAGCUUUUAGUUCAUAUUUUGAGAUGACUGAGAAUGGGCUAUCUGCCAAUAUAAUUAUAUGCAGCACAAUGGUCAGUGGCCUAUAUAGGCUUGGUAGGAUUGAUGAAGCAAAUUUGCUGAUGCAGAAGAUGGUGGAUCAUGGUUUUUUUCCUGAUCAUGAAUGUUUCCUCAAGUCUGACAUUAGAUAUGCAGCCAUUCAGAAAGUUGCAGAUUCUCUUGAUGAAAGUUGUAAAACUUUUCUUUUACCCAACAAUAUUGUGUACAAUAUUGCUAUUGCGGGCCUUUGCAAGACUGGGAAGGUUGAUGAUGCAAGAAGAUUUUUCUCUAUGUUAUCACUGAAAGGAUUUGUUCCGGAUAAUUUUACGUACUGUACCCUGAUUCAUGGCUAUUCUGCGGCUGGUAAUGUUGAUGAAGCUUUUUGCUUAAGGGACGAGAUGCUGAGAAGGGGUCUUGUUCCAAACAUAGUUACAUACAAUGCUCUUAUAAAUGGCUUGUGCAAAUCAGAAAACCUGGAUCGAGCACAGAGGCUUUUCCAUAAACUUCACCAGAAGGGAUUGUUUCCAAAUGUUGUUACCUAUAAUACAUUGAUCGAUGGAUAUUGCAAGAUUGGUAAUAUGGAUGCAGCCUUCAAACUGAAAGAUAAAAUGAUAGAAGAAGGGAUUUCUCCUUCUGUUGUUACAUACUCUGCCUUGAUCAAUGGUCUUUGUAAGCAUGGAGAUAUAGAAAGAUCUAUGAAGCUUUUGAAUCAAAUGAUCAAGGCAGGUGUGGACUCUAAGCUUAUAGAAUACUGUACUUUGGUUCAAGGUUACAUUAGAAGUGGAGAGAUGCAAAAGAUACACAAACUUUAUGAAAUGAUGCAUAUCAGAUGUCUUUCCACCACUGCUGUUUCUCAUAAACAGGUGGAUUUAAGACCUCAAACUACAAUGAAAUGAGCAAGUCUGAAGCUGUAUGUUGAUUUGUGCUUUAGUGAGUUAAGGGACUUUUGAGAACAUAAUUCAGUUGUCAGAAUGAUUUGGAGUCCAGCCAUGGCCUUGCCUUCUUGAAUGGGCUUCUUCAUGCAUAUUCAGAGGUUUGGGCUGUACAUUGAGGAGGACUAAAUAGAUUCAGUGAAACCUCCUGGAGAGUGUCAGUAUGUGGCUAGUUGGUAUCCUCCCAAAAUCAUAAUGAAGGUUCCAAUGGAACAUUUUCAGCUCGAACAGAAUAUGAAUUGCUUCUUACUUCCAAAAUUUAAACAUUCAUGGAAAUUUGUGGGAGUGGUUGCUUUGGACUGUCCAAUUCGUAUAUUUGGUCCUAAAGGGACCAUAAUGGAUAAGUGAAGUUGCUGCUGGAUUUUGGGUCCCAGCAUUUCUUCAUUUUCAGAUUUUGGGUAGCACAAAGUUGCAGGUUAAAAUUACCACAUGUGCUAGAUGUUGCUUAAAUGUAUGAAACGCUUAGGGAAUGUACUGAACUGGAAUAAUUAUGGGAGCUGCUUGUCAUUCCAGAACUUUUCAAUUUGAUGGUGGCUUGGUGGCUUGAGCAACAUUUCUUUUUAGGACUGUUCAUCGUAAUAAACUAAUGUAAGUAGGCUUUGUGGUUUUAUUUUUUCUCUUUAGUCUAAGCUUAAAUUUUAGUCAGAUUGGAAUUCCAGUUAUUCAUAUUGGCUUAAAAUCAUGCUCCCAUUCAUAUAAACUGUUAAAGACUUUAGUUUAUGUUUGCUUGGUAUGUAUUGCACCACCUAACAGCUAAAUUUGUGAGUGAUUGAUAUUCAAUAUGAUGUCACAGCUUUAGUUUUGGGAAGUCGUAAGUUUGGACCUUGUUGCUUGUUUGUUUCUCCAUUCAUUGAAUCCUUGUUUAAACAAGAGGAGCCACACAUGAAGCUGGAUGUUAAAGAUUUAGCCUAAGUUGGCAUGAUAUACAUUGUUGACCCAUUAGCAAAUUACUUGAGCUUUUGGUUUAAAUUGUUAUCUUAACAGAGACUUAGGAUUCUUUUAUUUCUAGAAGUUGUGGUUUCUCCAUGAUAUUUUAUAUAUUUUGGAACUUUUUAAGCUUUUGCCAUGGGGCAGAUAAAACCAUGGACAAAUUAUCGCCUUCUGCAUCUCACCGCAAAUAGAGACAUGUCAUUAAGACACAUCAAGUGCAAAAUUUUGGGAUAUAUUUCUGUAUAAUCAUAGAUUUCAAGUACAUUAAGUAUAGUAACCUAAUUAGAUACAGACAAAGCUUAUGAACUUUACAGGUUCAACUUGAUUAAUGAGAGUUGGCAUGUGAAAGAUUCAAAGGUAAGGCUGGAAUAAAGCUUAUGAUUGUUUUCUGUAAACUUUCUAGAGACUUUAGUCAGUAUGGAAGAUAUUAACCGUUGGUUCAAUUACUGUCUUAAUAAGAAGCUGAACAGGCAGCACCAGUUCAAGAUGGUACAUGAGCAGCUGAAAGGGCAUAUCUCUCUGAAAGGACCUCACUGUUUCCAAAGAAGCUUGUGCUGGAAUGUCGAUUGGAAUAUUAUAUGCACUUCUGUACAUGGGGUUGUGUUGCUAAUGUUCCAUUAUUUUGUCCAUCCAUGUUCCAUUCUUGUCACGUAUUCUUCCAUGCUUCAAUAAGCUUUGUUGCCAUGUAUCAUUUGCCAGUUCAAUUUAUUUAGCAUGCUGGAAGUUGGAACUCAGGCUUCUUGCACAUGGAUCCACUCAACAGAUCAUGUCGUCUGCUGUCAAGAAUGUUGCUGCAUUGUCAUUCACAUGGUAACCAUCUUAUACAACUGUUUUUAAUAUUGGAAAUAAGAUGAAGCAGGCUUCUAUGUAGACAUUAGACUGGUAGAAACUAGAAAAUUCAAAAUGGUUGUUCUAAUGGGAAACCGAUAGAUGCUAUGGAACAGGAUUAUAACUUCUGAAACAAAAUGUAACUGGAAUGCUAUUCUCUACAAGUUGUCUUUGA